AUGGGUCUCGUCGACGCGAAGAACAAGGUCCCAGAGCUCCAGAAGUUCUAUCAGACGGCCUACAAGGAGCACACCCGUCUCUGGAAGAUCAACCCUCGCAGCCGUCUCUACAUGACCCCCUACGUUAUUCUUCUGUGGGGAACACUCGGUGCCUCUUUCUAUGGCGCCGGCCGCAAGGUUCUCGGCUACAACACUUACUUCGGUAAGGAGUAG